AUGCCACAUCGAAAGAACAGUCAGUUUUUUUAUUAGACAUCUUUUGAAAUUUUUGAACAAUUGCACAUUAAAUAUAAAAAUUACAGGAAUGUUUUCGAAACGUCCAAAAAUCCGAACCGAUUUUUUUUAUAAAUAAUUUGAAACAACUUAAUAAAUGACUGUGGAAUAUUAGAUUCAAUUUUCAGAAUCCAUCUUUGAAAAUUUAAAUUUUUCCUCGAAGCAAUGUAUUUUUCACUUUUGCUUCCUUGAGUCGAAAGUCAACACCCACGCAAAGUCUGGACGUCCAUUUUUAUAGUAGUCACACAAAUGAAAUCACACUAUUUUUACUCCGACUGUUCAAGAAUCAAGUUGCAAGCUAGAGUUUCCUGAGAUCCGUGCAGAAAAGGUUGGAGGAAGAAGACAACUUUCUUUUCGCCUUUUUGCUUCGCAUCGGAUUUGAGGGAAAAAGAAAGAGAGCUCAGUUCUUUUCGCCUUUUUUUUGCUAUCCGGAAGAACCUCACUUGAAGAAUUUAUAGUCGAUCACGAGCCUUCAAUAAUUUAGAAGCUCGCCUUUUCUUUCUCGGUUAUUUCUCUUCAUAUAUAUUUUUCCUCUUCUCACGACUUUCGUUUUGAGUUUGUCACUCUAUUCAAACAUUGCGCUUUCUUCAUUUUGUUUCGAGUUUUUGUUCAGUAAAAAGGUCGCAUCCAUUUUUUCUUGUUCAUCUUUCAUUUUUUUGCUCAAUUCUUUUUACUGAUGUGGAACCUAGACUCGCCUUGAAUUCUUCUCAAAAACCUUUUCUCGUGGCCUCAAGCUUUAUUCCCCCUAGCCUCAUAAAGUUUAUGGCUUUUUUUUUGUGUUUCGGCUUGAUUUGGAUUUUUUCCUAUUUGAAUUUCCAUCCAAAAAACAUAUUCUAGUUCUUUUUUUUCAAAGAAACAGUUGAUAAUAAACUUCAAAAAUGCUUCAAAAAACAAAAUAUCACGCUGAGUUUUUUUUUCCCUAAUUUUUUCAUACUUUUUCGAAACAAAAAAAGGUUCUAAGCAGAGAUUAUCAUAUCCUAUCAGAAAAAAAAGCUAGGUUUUGUAGUAUCCACAUAUCCAGACUACCGUAAACAGAUGACUACAUUCUGCAUUUUCGUGACGAGAAUCCCUUGAAAAGUCCAGGGCUUCCAAGAGCCUGCCAAGACGGAAUGAAAAAAGAAGAAAACGAGAAAAAGCUGAGAGAAAAGGCAGGAGCGGAGAAGAUUACUCGAAAGUCGGAGGAUGGAUUUAUAAUGGGCGAAUGGAGUCCUCCAGGAUCCUUUUCUGUUGCCAUGGCGGCGGAUCUUUUGUCCUUGUUUUUAUCGUUCAACUUUUGUAGUAAUGUCUAAUCUCUUUCUUCGAAAAAACAUUCGCCGUUUACGAGUAAAGAGAAUUGCCAGGAGCCAGCUUUCUGAUCGAGAAUUUUGCUUAUUUUCUUUGUUUUCGUCAGAUUUUUGAUUCUUCCAACACUUUUAAUCAGUUGGAAGUUGUUCUAAUCUUCUUCUCUCUUUUUUUUUCAAAUCUUGACCGGGCUCUUUUUUCGAUGAAAGUCAUUCACUUUUUUCAAACCACGUUUUUUCGAAUAUUUGUUCAAAACAGCCAAUUAGGUCAGAAAAAAUUAUUUUCGAUUCGUUUUCGUCGCUUCUCUAUUAUUCAGCGACAAGACCAACUACCAAAAAAUUCGUAAAGUCAAAAGAGUCAACAAACAAAAAUUCAAAAAAGGUUCUUUCCUGUGGGUGUUUGUGAAAACCCAUUUUUUUUUCCUCAUUUAUUUGGAUUCACAUAUUCAAGUCCAAAUGUUCUAGUUUUUUCAUUUUGAUUUUUUUCAGCUUUGUUCAGCGCACUUAAAACCUGCAGAGUAUAAAUCAGAGAGAUGAAAUCCGCAAAUUGAAGGUUGGUUUAUUUUACGAUUUGCUGAAAAAGUGGUUUAUUUUUUCUUAUUUCAGCAAGUCUUUUCUGGCGUUCGUCAUGGAGAUGGAGAGCAAAGAUCAAAAUGAGCAAGAGCAGUGAGUUUUUUUAUUUAAUUUUUUUUUAAAUGAGCGAUUUUGUUUUUUAUUUGUUUGGUUUCCUCUAUUCAAAUCCUCACUCCAAGAAAUUACAUUCUGCCUUUGGACAAGUUUUUUGACGAGAAGUUUAAAAUGUUUAUUUUCACGUUUUGUUCCAUGUUUACUGCCGUUUAAGGCUAAUACUAUUUUAAUUCUUCUUUAAGUGUUUUUUUUCAUCUAAAAAACAAAGUUCACAGAUAUCGAGAUAAGGCUCUUUAUAGUUUCAGGUCGUACGAUAUUUCUCUUUCUGUAAAAACUACAGCAAAGCUUCCGAAAAUAUCAUCGCUUUGAACAAAUUAUUACAAUCGGCGCAAAAAAUAAAGGAAAGAUCAAUAAACAGCAAAAAGAGAAGCUUAUCGCGCGCGCUGGCCGGCAUUAUUCAAACAUACCAACGAAGCCUACGAACCGAAAAAGUUUCCAUUUGCGGGCAAUCGGAGCCGCUGCGACAGGAGGAACCGCGGCUCGGGAUCCGGCCCGAGCACUGGAUUCUGGCCCCGAUCGCCGUCACUCUCCAGAACAUGCACUUCAGUCAGGCUCCAGCCUUGCAUCUCGAGAAGAAGGAAUCCAAGACCGCCUUCUUCUUACAGGUCCUUCUCGUUUUUUUUUAUUGUCCAGCGUUUCAUUGGAAUUCAUGAAGAGCUACACUCGGUAUGGUGCGUCCGAGCUGGCCAUAAAUUUCAAAGUUUAUUAAGGCUUUUGCCAAAGAAGUUAAAUAAGAUGAAUAGAGUUAGAAAAACAAGCAUCACUUUGUAGAACUUUUUUCCUAAUUUGAAACGUCUAUCUCGCAUUUGACAAAGUUUUUUUCAUUUUGAGCGAAUCAAAAAAAAAAACAACAAAACAAGGAAAUAAUCAGUACGAAGUAAUUUACUAUAACUCACUGAAUAUAUAUUGUUUUAUCGAAGUUCCUAACUAAACGUUGAACAAACAUAAGGCACAGAGUAAUUAGCCAAAUUUUGAAGCGUGCCUGGAGUUUCAGCCAUAGUUUCAAGAAAAAAAAAACUAGAAAAAAAUCGAGGUUUUUCAAAAUAAUAUUUCCAGACACUGGUUCCUUUUAUUUUUGCGGGAAUCGGAUUAAUUAUGGCCGGAUUGAUGUUGGAAAGCGCCGAAAACUACCGAUUCAUAGUCGAACUUCCUGACGCCGUCAUGAUCAUUCCAACGUUGCUCGGAUUGAAGGGGAAUCUGGAGAUGACCCUCUCUUCGAGAUUGUCAACUUUGGUGGGUUUCAUUCCUAGAUCGGAUCUCGUCAUAAGAGCCUCAUUUCAACACUUGAUUAUCAAGUCUAUAAGUAAUUUGAACUUUUUUUUUAUCCUAGUGGAAAAUAAACAAAAAGUUCGAGUUUUUCCACGAUUAGUUGGGAAAUUCAAAGUCAAGUUCAAAGUCUUAUUUUAAAAACGCUUCUCAGGCCAACCUGCACUUGAUGGACACUCAAAAAGCGAAAGUCAACGUUGCUUUUACAAAUAUGGCGUUGGUUCAAACUCAAGCUAUCGUUGUUUCUUCGGUGGCCGUUCUCCCAGUUUUGCUCCUUGGCCAAAACCCGGUCCGUUUUUUCAAAUGAUUUUUCUAAAUCGUUUGAGUAUUUUUCUAAACUAAAAGUUUGAAAUGAAACGUGAAAAAGCAGAUGACUUGGGGCGACGUCCUCUGUCUGACUCUGUCCACGGUGGCCACAGCUUCGAUUUCCUCUCUCAUUUUGUCGUUGUUGAUGGUUAUCGUUGUCAUCGUAGCCAGAUAUUAUAAAGUCAGUUACGAAAAACGAAUUUGAAGAAUAAGUUCUUCCCAUUUCAGCUGAACCCAGACAACAUUUCCACUCCGUUGGCGGCAUCUCUUGGCGAUUUCUCGACUUUAUUGAUCUUGGUUGGUUUUUUUUAGUCUUUAAACUUAUCCCAGAGCUCUUGACCCUGUUGAAGAAAAGAAAAAUCUAGCAAGAAAUAUUCUUCCUUUAAGGCAUUUGAUAAUCUGAUCAAGAUCAGGGGCUUGGAUUUCUAGAACGCUCUCGCGUUAUUUGACAAAGGAAUAUAGGAAAAAAAGAAAAGUUUCAGCUGGCGACUGGAUCUCUCUUGAUCGAUACGAGACACUAUCAUCCAACUUAUCUUCUGGUCAUUCUCUUCCUUUAUUACGUGUUCGCAGUGAUCGCCGCAGUUAUUGCGACGAGAGAUCAAUUCACUUUGGAGGUUAUUUUUCCAUUAUUCUCCAUUUGACGAAUGCUUCCUAAGAGUAGCUUUCACAAACUUAGGACUUGCAGAGUGGCCCCUAUAGGAGCGACCAUACGAAAAAGAGUGGGAUGGAUUUUGAAAAUUUCAAGAAAAGACCUUCUUUUAAAUUCCUGCUCUACGCGAUUGAAGCUAGAAAUUUACUGUUGAGAAAAAGCUUCCAAUUUAUAAACCUAAAAAUGAUUCGAAUGAAUUUUUUGAUGUCUUUCAAUGACCAAAACAUGAAUUCUAGAAAGCUCUAGAACCCAAGCCUUUUACUUUAUUUUCAAUUUUUCAGGUUUUGAAACAUGGUUGGUGGCCAGUUUUCACGGCAAUGGGAAUCACGACGGGCAGCGGAUUUUUGCUUCAACGAGCUUUGAAGCAUUUUCCUCCAUUGGCCGCUUUUCAGCCGUUGUUAAAUGGUUUGAAACAACUUUUACACCAGAAAAAGAUAUGAAAAAAGUGGAAAAAAAAAAUGUAUUUAUGCCUUGAAAUCACUUAAUAUUCUGAAAAGGCUUCUUCAGGAUUAGGAGGAAAUCUGGUAGCGGUUCAAGCGAGUCGGAUAAGUACCCAACUUCAUAUAAACCGCAAAAACAAGGAGAAAGAGGUCGAGCCCCUCAACACGUAUUUCAGUCCGAUCAGAGCAUUUUUCUACAAAAGUAAAUUUUUUCAUCACUUUUUUAAGCGAAAACAUCAAUUUUAACGGCCAAAUGUGGAACUUCAGCAGAGGAAGCGGUCUCGGCGCGAAUUUUGCUGGCCAUUCUGAUCCCAUGUGAUUUCGUAUUUGUCCACUUCAUUUUCCUGUUUGGAUGUGGUUUCCAGAACACUAUAGUGUUCACUUUGUCUUUCAUCCUCGUCUGUUUGAUUCAGGUGGGAGACAAAUCAACUGAAGAAAGUUAAUGAGUGGUUUUUCACUUCACAAAAAGGUUCUCUAUGGAAGAACACACUCAAAAAUGAGUAAAAUCUUUUUCCUUUUCACUAAAGCAGAUUUUUUCCGUUAAACAUCAAUAAGAUUCCGAUUUCGUACCCAAAAAGUUUUUUUUUCACAUUCUGAGGAGUCAAGAAGAAGCCUAUGAGCGCGGAAUUCGCCUCUCAAUAAAUUUUGCCCCACCUUUCUAGUUUAUUCAGCACCUAGUCGUUAAUGGGUGUCAUAUCCGAAACUCGUAUAAGAAAUAUAUUCCUUGUUGAAUGAAUUCAGGUCAGACCUAAAGUUUGGACUUUUGGAAAACUGAAUAUCUUUGCUUGCUACUUUUCAGAUAGCCAGGGGGCUGUAUUAAUUAUUUAAGUUAAUAAGUAGAGACCUUUCCGAACUCGAGUGCCAUUUAUUUUUAUUUAACCCAAAAUUUAUUUCACAUUUUUUUAAAGAUAUUUUUUUACUUAAUGAGGGUCUAUUUUCUCGACAGAGCAUCUUUACUGCGGAGUUCUCAGCAUGUACUUGAGCAUUUUUUCGCAUCCGCAUUUGAAAUUCAAUUCAUCUUUUGUAAAAAUUUCAUUUUUGUGGAGUUAAAUUUUAAAAAAAUCAUUGAAAAAAACUCUGUAAGUUAAUUUCUAAAAACUAUUCUUUAUAUCCGGCUUGAUUCGGAAAAAAGCGAAAUUCCAAAGGUUGCAGGUAGUACUACUGCUUUACGUGUGUCAAAUCCUGGUGCGAGCCAUGUGGGUCCUGAGAGUCGAUCCCGACAAUUCGGCCAUUCCGAUUCUGACGGCUCUGGGCGACCUCGUCGGCACCCUUCUUCUCAUCGGCUGCUUCACCUUCAACGCCCUCGUUUUCCAACUGCCCGUCUCUUCGGAGUUCUUCACCGGUCAUAGACGGAUCCACUGA